UGUGUGCGUGCGUGCGUGGCGUGCGUGCGUAUGCGUGCGUGUGGCAGUUCUCAAUAUAUAUAAUUUAGAGAGAGAGAGAUAGAAGCUGCUAUAGAUCUGGCAAUUCUUGGAGAUAGCCUUGCCUACGUCUGUGUCUUGCAACUCUUGGGGAUAGAUAAGAGAUAGAUUUGCCUAUAUCUGUGUCUGGCAAUUCUCUAACACGGAUCCGGAACGGUACGUCGGAGUGUCGUUUCGUAUCGCGGACCGUCGUGCAUUGUGCGCCGUCGCCGUCGCCUGCGCGCUGUAGCAGGCGAUUAGUGCCAAAGCACCGGGGCGAUAUAUAACGCUGCGAGAUAGAGCCAACGCCUUGCGUCCACGCCCGCUCCCAUGCCGCCAAAGAGAGAGGAUGGCAGGAAGGAAGAUUUACUGUAGGCAGUGACACGGACGCCCCCUGGCGGCACUCUAUCACCCCAACGACGUCUCGUUGGACAGAAGACAGACCCAUCUCUCUCCCCUGCCGCAGCAUGAACUGAGCGGCCCCCCCUGGUGAGCGCAGCAGGAGCGAUACCGGGAUGCUUGCCGCGGAGAGAGAGACGGCACCGGUGACGACGGCUGCGGCGGACGGCGGCGCCCCCUGCGGGGACGUCGCGGAAAUUCCGAGCGCGGACGACUACGACGUCGGCGCGGCGAAGGAGCGAGCCGCGAUCCUGUGGCUGCUGGGGAAGGCUUACGACGGGAAGAUUCCCGGGGAGCUGGGCGCGACGCCGCACUACCGCGACGACGGCGGGCAGCGCCACCUACGGCCGGCCGUCGUAAACGCGCUGGCGACGGGAGACGCGUACGCGCGCGCCGCCGCCGCCGUGUUCGGGAACCCGGAGUUUGAGAACCAGCGCUUCUCCUUUCUGCUGCAGUUCCUGUCGCGGCGCGGCGAGCGCGUGUGUGUUGCCGACGGCGACAACGGCGGCGGCGGAGGAGGGGAGGUGACGGAGGCUCAGCUUGUGCAGACGUCUCCACUGCGCGUCGCCGCUCACGUCGCCACCGUCGACGCCCUCAUCGCCGUGCACGCGCGCGAGGUCGCGACCCCUACCCGCGUCGCACACGCCGUCGCGCACCUCGGUGGCGCCCCCUGCGGUGACAGCGACGGCGGGGAGGCGGGGCUCGCGGCGUGGGUGAACGCGGCGUGGGGGGCGUUUGCGACGCGGCGGGCUGUGGCCGGGCGGCCCGUGGCGGCCCUCCCCACCGCGCGGUCCCCGCUCGCGCCCGCCCUUGCUGACGGUCGCCGCCUCGCCGCUCUCCUCUCCGUCUACUGUCCCGACGACGUCUCCCCCGACGACGUCGUCACCACGACGACGAGCAUCGCCGACUCGCUGCGCAACGUGGAGAUCGCGAGGCGGUUCUGCGCGCGCUGGCUGCCCGCCGGCGCCCCCUGGCUGCGGGCGGAGGAUGUGGUUUACGCGGCGCCGGCGCUGCGGCGGAACGCGCUCGCAAUGGUCGCCGAGAUAUUCGACGCGACGGUCGUGCGUCCGCGCGAGGCCGGCCGGGGAGCGGACGGUGGUCACCUGCCCCAGGAUCCCGGCAGCCAGCAGAACGGGUUGUCGGCAGCCCCGGUUGCCCACGACGACUGGGAGGAUGAGGAGCGCGGGCCGGCCACCGGUCGCUCUCUUGUUGGUCAGAGCUUCAACGCUUCCCACAGCGCGGCGGCGCCACGGUCGGCGGCGGAGGCGCGCGCCGCCGGCAUCCCCGAAAGCCAUGGUGUCCGGGACCGUGACAAGCGACGAUUGGCUCGACAGAAUUUAAAAGAUGAAUAUCUGUCCAAUGAAGAAAUCGAGCACAAUCAUCAUCAUGAGAAGGAUUGGUACCACACCGACGACGUUCAGCAGGGAAGAGGCUGUAUGAUCCUUCUAAUGUCAUCAGUGCCCAUUUGCAUGGUACUGUCAGAAGGAAACGACAAGGGAGAACCAUUCCACCAGCAGGAUGCAUUGCUGCAGCAUUCGACCGCGGGUUGCCAGGCCCGGCUGAGACUGGUCCACCCGUCUGCAGACCCACCCAACAUGCUUCCAAGCCUGCUGAUUGGCUGGACUCUUACAAAGAUAGACCAAAUCCAUGGUCCAGUGAUCAAGGGGAAGGCUACGGACAGCAAGGAUGUUAGCACGACAAUAAAGGAGGAGAAGGAGACGGAGGCGACCUCGCCCCUCGACAGGAGCGCCACCUUCCGCGUCAGCAGGGAGAAGCUGAACGAGGGAGGAACGACGAAGGAGAAGGAGGAGAAGGAGGAACCCGCGGCCACAAAGUCUUCCCACAAACUCGCAGACAUUAACUCUGCUACCUUCAGGGUGGAGAAAACCAAGACACGCCUGGCGCUCGAGGAGACGAAACCCAAGCCUGCUCCUCCGUCUUCUCCUCCCCCUGCCUCCACCAAGCCACCCUCCUCCGCCGCCGCCACCUCCUCCGUCAUCGCUCCGGGGGAGGAGAACAAGAGGAAGCAGGCGAUGACGCGGCGCGAGAUAGAGGAGAAGCUUGACGUCCUCCGUCAGAAGUGGCUGAGCGAGUCGCUCGGCUCCGACACAGCGGCGAGUGACGACAACGACGCGGUUGCCGUGGCGAAGAUGGACGAGGAGCAGCUUCACGCGUCCGUGCGUCGCUACGAGUCGCAGAUGCACGAGCUGCAGGCGGAGAUCGCGAGGCUGACCGUCGCCGAGGAGCAGGCUGCCGCCAUGACAGACUCGCAGACGAGUGUUGGAUCGUCGCACUCCCUCCCCGACGCCGCCGCGCCGGCCCCGCCGCCGCCCGUCAUGUACCACCACAGCGGGAUGCAGCAGUAUCCGCCGGUGAUGCACCACGCCCCGCCGCCGCCGCCGCCGCAGCCGCCGCACGUGUCGCCGUACCAGCAGUACACCUACUCACCGCAGUACGGCACCCUGCCCCCGCCGCCGCCGCACCACCCCCAGCAGCAGCAGCAGCAGCAGACCUACCCGGGCAUGCCUCCCUACCCUGGUUACCACGACCAGUACCAACCCUACUACCCGCCCGCGCCGGGUGGUUACGUAUACCGAGGCGGCAGCGGGUACCCCCCUCAGCCUCCUCCACAUCCUCAUCCUCAGCAGCAGCAUCCCGCGCAUCGCUACGGUUACCAGCCGUACCCGGCGACGUACGGAUCCCAGGAGCAUCUGCAGCACCUCAGCCUCUCGCAGGAGAAUCUACGCGGCUCACCCGACCGCUACUACCGCGGCGGCGGCGGCGGGGAGUGGGGUGGAGAGCAGCAGCAGCAGCAGCAGCAGCAGCAGCAGCAGCUUCUGCGAGCGCACAGCGACCAGGACAUGGAGCGCAGCCCCCGCGUCGACCCCCCGGCACCCCACCAGGAGGCGCCUCCAUCGCCGCUGCGCGAGCGGAACGUCGAGGAGGAGAUGACGGCGUCGCCGGAGCUUCCGCAGCCUCCUGUUGCCGCGGCGAUGCCCACGUCCCCGCUAUACACGUCGGCGUCGGAGCCGAUCGUCUCGUACUCGGACCGCCAGGUGGCGCCAGAGUCUCCGCCGCUGCCGACACUGGCGCCCUCACCGUCGUUCAAGGAGAACAUCAACGCCGGGUUCGUGAUCUCGUUCGACGACGACACUCCGCGCAAGAAGAAGCCUCCGCUCAGCCGAGUGAAGAAGAAGCCCACGUCGGGGAAGAAGAACGGAGGAGGAGGAGUGGAGGGGUCGGAGACGUCGUCCGGCACGGCGACCCCCGACCUCGUUGCCGCGGAGACGCAGGGCGACAUCGACGCUCCGCCGCCGCCUCCUCAGUUUAUCUCCCCGAUGACUGUCGCCAAGACGGAGACGACUCGCCCGUCGCCCGGCAGCGGUGGCACCCCUGCGCGGCACUCUCACCCGCCACACAAGCACGCCUCGUCGCCUCGCUCCCCCGACGCUGCCACCGAGGGGUCGCGCAUCGAGGUCGCAUCGCCCGGAGUCGCGUUCGUGCUCGGAGAGGAGGGCGAGGAGGGGGAGGUCGGCGGAGAAGGAGGAGGGGGGAAGGUUAGCGACGAGGAGAUGAUGAAGAGGAAGCAGCGCAUCAUGCUGAGCGCGCUGAAGAGGAAAGAGAAGCAGGAGCAGCGGCGGACGAAGAUCGAGCAGGAGAACGCGCGGCGGAGGGAGAAGCUGAGGGAGAAGCAAGAGGAAACCGACCGCAAGAAGGAGGAGGAGCGCGUCCGACGCCAGCUCAUCUGGGACGACUACGUGCGACGCAAGGAGGAGGCCCGGCUCGCCGAGGAUGGACUCGGGCCCGGGGGAGAACCCCCUGCCUCCUCCUCCUCCACCUCCUCCUCCGCCGCCUCGAAACCCAAGCCGAAACCCGCUCGCCCGAAGUCCAUGGUGCAGGAGAAGGCGGCGGCGACGACGACGGAGAGACAGUCCUCCCCGAUGCGACCCAAAUCCAUGUACCACCACCAGGAGGAGGCGGUGGAGGACGAGGGGGAGGUCGGGGGGAGAGGAGGAGGAGGGGGAGGGCCGCCGCGGCGGAACGGCCGCCCGUCGCCCGCCUUCGAGCGAAACUCGGACCAGAUGUCGGACGUGUCGUCCGGUGGCGACCGCAGCGGUGGCGACCCCUACUCGGGUCCGAAACUGUUUGUGAAACCGUCGGGGAAGUCUAACCGUACGAUCGUGACGAACGCGAUCAGCCACCGCUGUCUCGCGGGAACCGUCAACGCCGACACGAAGCGCCGCGUCCUCGACACACUCGCUCGCUCCGACCGCACGCACUUCCUCGUGCUGUUCCGCGACGCCGGCUGCCAGUUCCGCUCGCUGUACGCACAUGACGGGGAGCGAGACCGCGUGACGAAGCUCUACGGGAGCGGUCCGCGUGUCAUCACUCACGCCAUGAUGAGCCGCUUCUAUAAGUACGAGUCCGGAGCGAAGCAGUUCGUGGAGAUCCACUCGAAGCAUCUGUCGGCAACGAUCGACGCACUCACCAUCGACGACCGCUUCUGGCAGCAGAACAAGAAGGCGUCCGGCGGAGUGGCGUCGGCGGCGUCAUCAGCGCCCUCUAGCGCGUCGUCGCAUAUACGACGCCACUGACCGUCGAUGGGUGUCGCAGUGGCGCCCUCUGGUGACCCGCCGAAGAUGCGACGGCUGCGGAAAUGCGAGGCAACACAAACUGUGAUUUAUUAGUAUGAACAAGCCUGGGAGAGAGUGAGGGGGAGAUAUAGAGAGAGUGGGAGAAGGGAGAAGGAGAGAGUGAGAGGGAGAUAUAGAGAGAG